UAAUGGAAGUGGAAGUUCCAUUGACGCCAUGUUAGCCUAGAUCUAAACUAAUAAACAUUGGAAAUGAGAAUUUGAACAUCGGCUGGCGGCUUUUUUUUGGACCAUAUUGAAUUAUGAUACGCAAUUCUUGCCAUAUCCUUUGUUAUACAUUUCUUUGAGGUAAUUCAUAAUGUUUUACGCCAGUUUCGUUCUUAACAAAAAGGGUCCGCUAGCCAAAAUUUGGCUAGCUGCCCAUUGGGACAAGAAAUUGACAAAGGCUCAUGUGUUUGAAACCAACAUUGACAGUAGUGUGGAAGCCAUUUUGAAGCCUAAGGUUAAAAUGGCUUUAAGAACAUCUGGUCAUUUGUUGCUGGGUGUUGUGCGCAUUUAUUCAAGGAAAGCCAAAUACUUACUGGCAGACUGUAAUGAGGCUUUUGUUAAGAUCAAGAUGGCUUUCCGACCUGGAGUGGUAGACUUACCAGAAGAGAACAGAGAAGCAGCGGUGGCGGCCAUUACAUUACAGGAGAAUUUUCAUGAUUUUGAAACAACAUUAGCCGAUUUGGAAGAUAUAAAUGUUCAAGCCCAGUUUUCUGUCAAUCAAAGUCGACCAGAAGAAAUAACAAUGAGAGAAGAUUUAGGCUCUAUUACACUAAUGGGGGAUGAUGGGUUUGGUCCUUUUGAGGAUGACUCUCUUGGAGAACUAAUCACUAAUGAGCAGUUUUCGUAUAUAAUAUAUGGAGAAGCUUACACCUUUGAUGAAAGGCCUCUCAGAGACGAUUAUCUUUGUGACCUCCUAGACAAAGCAUUAACUCUAAAAGCUACUCAUGACACAUGCCUGUUUUGUAGACUUUCCAACUAUGCAGAGUGCAUCUGCAAGUACUCUAGCUUUACAAACACCAGCUGUAGUGAUAAGAUUUGUGAUAGAACUAUUCGUUUGGAUAGUGGAUUAGAAACAGACAUCAAUUCCUGUGAUAAAACUUUAGAAGAUUCAAGUGCCUUUUUACAAAGUAUUUAUUCCGACCAUUCCACACCUCUUAAGAUGCCUGGCAGCUGUUCUAAUCCAUUUGAUGAUGAGCAACGUUACUGUUUAAGGCCUGAUAUGUUAUCACCAUCUACCUCAGAAUGUGAACCAUUAGCUUCUCCAUCGGGUGCAGUGCGGAAGCUCAUUUUCUCGCCAGGGACUGGCUAUUGCAAACGGUGUUGUGCUAGAUUAAACUCUCCUAGGGCAAAUAGAUCACCUGUUGAGGCCAACUUCAGACCUCGUAUAGAUCACUCUGACAGCGGCAUAGGCUCAGAGAUAGAUCCAGGCUUCUAUGACAUGGAAUCGGAAGAUGACUGGGAUGAGUCAGAGUCACUUAAUGAUAGUUACUGCUGCAGUCAUAACAAAAGUGUUAGCUCUCUAGGCAGUCCAAGCCAUAGCAGAGCAAUUCCAAAUGCAUCAAGUUUGGUCUGCUGUCAACCUCUUGUUGCUUUGCAACAUACCUGUGAUAAAACUACUGCCAGUAUUACACCUGCUGAUCUCCAACAUAAUUGUGCAGCUAUAACAACAUCUACUGUUAAGAAAAAAGAAGACUUUUGCAAACCUCUUGAACUCAUGACUCCCAUUGCUGAGGAAGAUAGCUAUGAAAAGCUUGCUAAAAAGGGCUGUGAUGUUAGUGAAACCAUCCUUGGUGAAGGAGACAACCAUGAAACUCUUGCUAAACCUGUCUACGAUGUUAGGUUGAUUUCUAACAAGGGAGAUGUUGGGUUUGAUGAGCGUGAGAUUCUCCAUGAUGACAGUCAUCUAGACGACAACAUUUACAAAUCAUCUGAAAUGGAUGCCCCCAAGGAGAAUCAGCACCAGUCACCUGCAGAUAAAGACAAGCCAUUGGACAUUGAUUUACCUCCUCCAGUUGUUGGAGAUGGCUUUGGGGAUGGUUUUAUUGAAGAUGAUGAUGGUUGUGAUGAAGACAAUGAUGACAACUUUGGUGAUAUUGACCAGGACUUCUUUGCACAAAACUUUAUGGGUACUGAUACUUUGUUUGAGGAUCCCCCUGCUGUGUCUAAUGUCAAUGUUCCACAAGAUGCUUCUGAGGCUGCAUCAGGAUCCCCCAAAAGAGAUGAAAGGGAGAAGAAAUCUCUUGGAGGAGAAGCCGAUGCUGAGGAAACAGUGCCACUACAGGCAGCAGCUGCUGGCACCUCUGCCAUAUCAAGCACAAUGGGAGAACAGACCACGCUGGUGCACAAUGAAGAGGAGGCUUUUGCUCUUGAACCACUUGAUAUCACAACUGUUCCAGGUACUGAAAGAAAAGGAAAGAGGAAGAGAAAGCUGAUUGUUGAUGAACAGAAAGGUAUACCCAGUGAAACCAUGAAACUACAAUUGUCUGACACCUCUGACAUAGUGUCUGCUCUUGAUUUGGCCCCGCCUACCAAAAAGCUGAUGCUCUGGAAAGAGACGGGUGGUGUUGAAAAGAUUGCUGUCCUCCCAGGAAAACCAAUCAUUUCUAAAGACCUUAUUAAGUAUAUUACAAGAAAUCUCAUCUGCAAGGCUGUUUCUGAUGAUUAUGACUCUGGAUCUUCAAAGAUUGACCUCGACAUGGCACCUGAGAUAGCUAGGGAAAAUGAGCGCAAUAGUACCUUGGUUGAUGCUAGUAAACAGAUGGAGACCAUUAUUGAGGAAUCAUUCAAUGCUACUGAGCCUUCUGUUGCUGUGGAGCCAUCCAUUAAUGUGUCUGAUAUAUCGUUGAUUGGCCCACCUGCACCCAAACGAUCCAAGCGCCACGAGGAGCCCGCAGACAUCUCACACAGAUCUGAACCUAUUGCUCCAGACAAUCAGUCCAUGUUUGACCACAUCCCAGACAUCAGUCUGCAGCCCACAGACAUCCCAGCUGAUGCUUCUAGUAUUGUUCCUUCCUUCAACCCAUUACUGGAUGAUGGCCCACCCUCGGUGGCUCCCUUUUCUGUGGCACCUCCAUCGGUGGCCCCACCUUCUGUUGCUCCAGGCAUGACAUUUGAUGAUCUAGAGCAAGAACAAGAUGCUGAACAAAUGCCAGAAAAUGCUGAGCAGGAGGAAAAGAGGUGGAGCAAGCGUACACAGCAGAUGCAACAGAUAUUUGAGCAAGCGUUUACAUUUGCAGACACACUUAGUUUCAAGGACAUGGCUCGCAAUCACAACAGGAAACAGGCAGCCUCCAGGUUCUACACACUUCUGGUCCUGAAGAAACACCAGGCCAUCUGCACCAGACAGGAUGAGCCAUUUGGAGACAUUCUCAUCACCAAGGGACCCCACUUUGGUGUUGCUUGCUAGGUUUAUAUUCUCAUUCUUAUGACUGCUUUUGAAAUGAUUGUCAAUGGGUGGAUGGAAUGCAUGCAUUUAAAAAAUUUCAUUUCAUUAUGUAAUCAUUCCUUAUUAAAUUAUACACCAAUCAAAGCAAACUUCUCUACUUAGAGUGAAGGAUGGGUUUAGCAAAACAUUUGAAUGCUGUUGCUGUUAAGUCUUUUUAUUUCCCUUCAUGAGUAAAAAAAAAAAAAAAAAUCUCAAGAGGAUACAUAAUAUGAUUGAGCAAAGUAAUUAUCUAGGUAGCAAUUUAUGUGUUCAUAUGGUGUUUAGAUGGUGGUUAAAAAUAUUUAUUAAUGGUCCCAAAACAUUUGAUUCAUAAUACUAUUAAAAUGUCACUAGGCUUCUACACAAGGUCAUAGAAGCCUGUUAUAGGUUUGCAACCCAUUGGUUGAGGACCACUCCCUUGUGUUCACAUUCAUUCUACAGAGUUAACUUGUAUUUAUGUUUUUAUUUUAUUCCCUACAUGUGUAAAUAAAAAAGAAGAUUAGCUUGAAUAUUAUAAUUAUGCUUCUUCACUGUGUACAGUCUAUUCAUUUAUCACUCUGUUUCCAUUUAUUUGAGGCUGAUUUUUUUGUGGAUUAGGCAGCAGUCUGGUCCAUAGCUUUGUAUAAUGGACACUGUCAAGAAAUGAAAAAUAAACAAAAAUGUUCUAUA